AAUUCCCAAUUUUUUCAUUUUCCAACAUUCAUUUUCUCUCUUCAACGGUUCAACUUUGACCACGAGAGUUUCCUAUGGCGGACUACGGCGGAGCUAUUUCCCUAUCCCACCAACCUCCGACUUCCUCUUCCUCCUCCGACGACCACAGCCCUCCAACCAGACCUCAGACAAAACCCAACAAAACCCCUAUCUCCGGUGCCGCCUCGUCAGCAGACACCUCAACCAUGAAAAAGCCACGUGGAAGGCCACCUGGAUCAAAGAACAAACCAAAGCCUCCAAUAGUGAUAACCAAAGAGAAUGAAUCAAGCAUGAAGCCCGUUGUCAUCGAGAUCUCAGCUGGAAACGACGUCGUCGAUACCCUCCUUCAUUUUGCACGAAAACGACAUGUCGGCCUCACUGUCCUUAGCGGCUCUGGUUCUGUUUCAAAUGUUACGUUACGACAUCCAAUGUCUCAUUCGACAUCUUUAUCACUUCAUGGACCUUUCAGCCUGGUUUCUCUUUCUGGAUCUUUUCUUGCUAAUACGACGCCGUUUUCCUCUAAACCUCAUUCUCUUUCUCCUUCUCCUUCUCCUUCUCCUUCUUCCUCUUUUGGAAUUUGUCUUGCUGGUGCUCAAGGUCAGGUGUUUGGAGGCAUAGUUGGCGGAAAAGUCACGGCAGCGAGUCUUGUGGUGGUGGUUGCAGCGACAUUUAUAAAUCCAGUGUUCCAUCGACUGCCAAGCGAGACAGCGGCAGAGGACGACGAGGGGAUUGAUAUGGCAAAACCCACCAUCAACGCUACCGAUGAAUCACCCGUCACAGCGACUACAACAAGCUCGGCGACUCCAAUGACGGUUUGCGUAUACAAUGCUCCAUCACCCCCAGACCAUGCAAUGCCGUGGGUGCCGAGUUCUCGAUCAUCUUACUGAAAUCUCUAUUAGAAUAGAACAUAACAUACACAUCUUCGGUGAUAGUGAUUAUUGUCAACUAAGAACUGAUAUAACACAAAUAUGUGAUGGUAUUUGUUGGGAGGCUUAAUUGAUUGGAUUUUUUCUUGGUUAAUUGGUAGUGUGUUUAAUAUUGUGACUUUUUAAAAUAAUUUUUAUUAUGUUUUAUUUUAUUUUA